AUGCCUGGUCCGCGUUCAAAGGGAAAGAAAACAAAGCAGACGAAGGGGAGCUCGACACCCAAUCUCGAACAGGGUAGAUUUGGGCAUCUUGUAGAUGAUAUCGAUGGGGCCGAUGGAUGGAAUGCUGUAGUCAACGUUCUUUGCGACUACUUUCAGUUGCCUGACCUCACAACACGAAGUGGGCUGAAAAAGAUCUUCGCCAACUUCGAUACUUUUUACCAGCGUCUGGAUGACGCGUAUAUCGCCAAUGUAGGAAACGAGAAAGUCACAGGAGGUAUUGUUGGCAUUUACACAAAGAUGUGUGCAGACUCUAUCCUUCGAACCAAAUUGUUUGAGAAAGGCCUUCUCUUGAAGAUCAUGCCCUUGGUUAGUAAACCAACCAGUCAUCAUUUAGCAUUGCGGGCACUCACCACUGUCACUCAUCAUGGCGGAAUGGACGUACGAAAAGAAAUUGGCCUCAAAGCUACUCCUGUCCUUCUUAGUGCUCUCCAAAACCAUCCCGAGGAUCUCAAAGCUGCAGAGCUUAUAGUCUCUACUUUAGCUCACUCUUUUGGGUCAAUCCUCAAUGAGGUCAAUAAACCCAGUACUAAAGAUAUCAAACAACUAAAUGUGCCAACCAUGAUCCGCUUAGUAACGGAUCUUCUACGAAAACCAGGAAUCAGCACCCAAUUACUAGAUCAUGCCGUCGAGCUAAUUACCCAACCCACUUUGCAUUGCUGGAAAGACUGCAAAGAGUACCCUCCAAUGAUCUCCUUGCUUGUGGGUUUGUUGCGCAGUACCGAUCUCUCUCUCCGUUGUAUGGCGCUGGGCGGCUUACUUCGUUUGGAGGGAAGUAUAGCUGAGGAUGACACGCGGUUCCGUGACCCACAAAAGUUGAUUGCAGCUGUACAGCGCGAGCUCCCCCAACAUCUAGCGAAAAUCAUAAUGAACUAUGGCCAUGAUCAAUCCGAGACAACGCUUACACUCGGCUCGUAUGUUGAUAACCAGAAGACUUUUAUGCAAUAUGUACAAGAUCGAGAUCUGUAUGCGCUGGGAACGAAAUUCGCUAGCUUCAUCACCGGGACUGAAUUUUCCAUUGCUGAUGGGAUGUUUCAGACUCAGGAUCCACACACCGGAAGGAUGGAGGAAAUUGAUUUAGGUCUUCCGUUCAAAAGGUGGGCUGAUGCGCUACCACACUGUGCCAAAGUGAUUCGCGAGAAAGGUCGUGCAGGAGAAGAAGAUUGGGCAGAUAUGCUUGAAAUAAAACAUCAUAUGAUGAGAUCCCGCGUAUCCGAAGCUGUCGUCCUCGCAAAGAAGGCCGUAGAGCGCAACCCGAAAUUCCCAUACUUCCACUACGUGAUUACGCUGGGUGCAGACGUCGAAGCAGGAUUACGCGCCGCAAAGAAAGGAAUGAAAUGCAAGAAGAUAACUCCAUUCUUGCGGUUUGCAAUGAUGUGUCGUGCAGUAGCAAUUGCAGGCAAUUUGGGAGUUUGUCGUUUACAAGAGGGGCGGCCGGGUGACCAGAAGUGGGAGGAAGGUGUUGCAUUCCUUGUCAGUGCCCUGGAAGAUGCCAAAACCUACGUGUCACAGGCCCCACCCGAUGGAAGGCAUAUGAAGAACGUUUUAUACUGGUACAUUGUACUGACUCUUGCCUUCGAAGGGCCAAACAUGUCUCCCAAUCUCUCAGCAUUGCAGGAUUCCCUGCGGAAACUCCAAAUUGCAGACGAGUUUGAAUCAAUUAUGGCAGGUCCACCACCCAAAACACAGCUCCGUCUGGCACAGCAGAAUAUAGUGAAAUCUUACGGGCCCGCAACAAAAGAAUGGAGUUCUGCCGUCGCUUAUUUCGAUUCACUAGCAGUCACAGGCCCUGAAGGACAUUCUGUUAUCUCCACCGACAAAGCUGAAGAUGACCUGUCGACAUGGCUGGACGAAAUGCGCCUUGACAAUGGUGCACUGGAAGAACCCCACCCUACACGGUGCUCGCACCCCAAAGUAAGCCCUAACAGCGUGGAACUAUACCGUUGCUCGUACUGCACGAACCCAAGUGCGGUGUUGAAGAAGUGCAGUGGAUGUACAAAGGCCAGGUACUGCGAUAGUUCUUGUCAGAAAUCUCAUUGGAGCGACCACAAGGCUGUCUUUUUUGGUGGCUCCUCUACUUUGAUUGCUGUAGAGUUUGAUACAGAUGCCUGGAAAUCAGCCCAUAAUGCCUCUCUAUCCCUACAUUUCAUGAUUUGA